GUCGGCGUGGUCAGCGUGUUGUCCGGGCGGGUGGGGCUCUGGCCGCGCUCUCUGGCUCCGGCUCCCCGGUGGGGAGACUGAGAGUAAUGGAGACCGCUCCUACCUGCAGGAGUCAUCUGUCCAGGUAGACAAACAGCACAUUCCCGCCAUAAGAGGAGAGUUAUCCAAAUAAAAAAGGGGAGCAUGCAGUUCAUAGGUCAGUUCCAGUGAAGAUCUAGAAGGGCCAUAAAGAUGAAAGGGACUUGGGAAUAGCACUGGGGACAGCGCUGUCAUCGACCAGGUGUUUGCUACAACAGGUGUUUGUCAUCUGUGGCCACAGCUGUUGGACAAGUGGCUGAGUUCAAAGGAAGCAGUAAGACUGGGGAGGUGAAUUCUGGAGAACUCCAAGCCCGUGGACAGGGAAGGGAGGGUGUGCUGGGAACAGCCAGGAGAGCUCAGCUGCCUGGAGCCCCAGGGCUGCAGAUGAGAAGGAUGGAGCCCUGCAGAGGACGAGCGUGUUCUUUCAAUCUCCCAUUUCCAGUGCUGCACAAAGGAAAAGGAAAUGGUGUAGCAGAAAGAGAGAUGAUAAAACUGAAGACUCGGCUGUGACACUAAGAGGCUUGCUUGAGAUCGUCCAUUGAGUUUCUCUUUGAGAUCAGACAGAAACCCGGGGCUAGAACCCCUAGAAUGCAGGCCCCCAGCACUCGGUCUGUGCACCUGAGCGAAUGGCAGGAGAACUACUUCACCGUCACAUCUGGCACAUGCACGGCAGCUCAGAAGGCAGAUGCCUACCGAGCGCAGAUCCUGCGCAUCCAAUAUGCCUGGGUGAACUCCGAGAUCUCCCAGGCCUGUGCUUCCAAACUGUUCAAAAAGUACGCAGAGAAAUAUUCUGCAAUCAUCGAUUCUGACAAUGUUGAAACUGGCUUGAAUAACUACGCGGAAGAAAUUUUAACUUUAGCAAGAUCACAGCAAACUGACAGUGACAAGUGGCAGUCCGGAUUGUCAAUCACUAAUGUUUUCCAAAUGAGCAGCGUGCAGGAGAUGAUGCGAGCUGGCGCCGAGUCCCGAGAUGCCCUGUUGGCAACUGCUGAUGCUUCGGUAGUAAUCCAUAAGGAGGCCGGGGUCUUCGAGCCUCCGAAAUUUGGUGUUUGUGGUCAUUCCGGUGAGAGUGACCCACUCACUAACCCUGCUCAUUGUGCAGACAGGACCGGAGACAUCCCAGAGGGCAGUGUGUCGGGCCCUCGGAAUGCCCAUCCACCCGUGGUGACUGACGCCCCAAAGACAUGUCCCACACUCUCAGCACCUUUUGCUGACUUAGCCACGGCAAAAUUGCAUGCCACACCAUUAUUUGGAAGUGUGAGAAAGGAAAACAGCAGCUCUCCAAAAGCCAACAAGGGACUGAAUAUGUUCUUGCACAGUCAGUUCAGUUGUCCUGGCAGUGACAGUCCCCUUGAAAGGAUCGCUUUUUACGGUUCCGGCCCUUCUGAAUCACUUUUGGCUCCAAUUCUGAACAAGGGUUUUAGUAAAACAGAAGAUAAUGGCCAAAGAGAGGAGAACAGCCUGCCGACCUUUAAAACUGCCAAGGAGCAAUUAUGGGCAGAACAGCAGAAAAAGUACCAUCACCCACCCCGUGCACCGGUGUCUUCCUAUGGUGGUGUGAAAAAGUCUCUGGGUGCCAAUAGAUCCCGAGGGAUUUUUGGAAAGUUUGUCCCUCCUGUUCCUAAGCCAGAUGGGGGUGACCUGAGCGGGGGCUUGCAGUACAAGUCCAAUGGAGCUGGACCUGCAGGGCCCGCACACCUGGUCGAUGAGCGUCUGAAGGGUUUGGAGCCAAAGAUGAUCGAACUGAUCAUGAGUGAGAUUGUGGACCACGGACCCCCAGUGCACUGGGAGGACAUCGCAGGGGUUGAGUUCGCCAAAGCCACCAUAAAGGAGAUCGUGGUGUGGCCCAUGAUGCGGCCCGAUAUCUUCACCGGGCUGCGAGGGCCACCGAAGGGGAUCCUGCUCUUUGGCCCCCCUGGGACUGGGAAGACCCUGAUCGGCAAGUGCAUCGCCAGCCAGUCUGGGGCGACCUUCUUCAGCAUCUCCGCCUCCUCCUUGACCUCCAAGUGGGUGGGCGAGGGGGAGAAGAUGGUGCGGGCCCUUUUCGCGGUGGCCAGGUGCCAGCAGCCGGCAGUGAUCUUCAUCGACGAAAUCGACUCCCUGCUGUCCCAGCGCGGAGGUGGCGAGCAUGAGUCGUCUAGGAGGAUCAAAACCGAGUUCCUGGUUCAGCUGGAUGGGGCAACCACGUCUUCCGAAGACCGAAUUCUCGUCGUGGGAGCGACCAAUCGGCCUCAGGAGAUCGACGAGGCUGCCCGGAGGCGGCUGGUGAAAAGGCUCUAUAUCCCCCUCCCGGAUGCGGCCGCCCGGCGGCAGAUCGUGGUCAGCCUGAUGUCCCGGGAGCAGUGCCGCCUCCGAGAGGAGGAACUGGAGCUGGUGGUGCAGCACUCAGAGGGCUUCUCGGGUGCUGACAUGACACAGCUGUGCAGGGAGGCAUCCCUCGGCCCCAUCCGCGGUCUCCAGGCCACCGACAUCGCCACCAUAACGGCCGACCAAGUCCCCCCCAUAGCUUACGUGGACUUUGAAAACGCCUUCCGAACUGUGCGGCCCAGCGUGUCUCCCGAAGACCUAGAGCUUUAUGAGAACUGGGAUAGGACUUUUGGCUGCGGGAAGUGAGUGGGGCACUUGAGUGGAAAGAAGGCAUUUUUGUGGUGCAGUCUCUCCCACUCAGCACAGGAACGGGCUUCGCUCAUGGUGCUCGGAGUGUGUGUCCUAAGUUUGGUACCACCAGGAACGUCGGAUGCAGCAGCUCAGCUUUGCAUCCGAUGAGCAGCCUGGCGCAGUGGAGGCGUGGGUCCUCUUCCGGCUGUUACCGAUGAGUGCGCCUAUUGGUACCACACACUAAGGAACUUCCUCGUUUUUUCCCUAAUAGGUCUUUUUAGGGUGGGUUGUGGGGUGACUAGUGGGCUCACACUGAAACCCCAAGUCUUACUCGUGUAUGAAGAUGUAUGGCUUAUAUGCAGCUCUCACUGCUGUGGUGGCUCACUUGUGGGACAACGCACUACUGAGUGUUCACGACCUCACCAGACUCUGCCGUGCACGGGCCCGUUUCCACUGUAGUUUGUGACCUUGUAUUAUUUCCAUCCCUCACCAGGACUGACGAAUAAAGUGUGUUCGGAAAGAGCGAA